AUGGUGCUGGUGCCACCAAACGAGUCAAGCCCUGAUGCUCCGCCUCCAAGUCCAACGCCACCAAAUCCGUCGUUGUUUUCGUCACUACCAGAGGACAUCGUUGUGAGUGUUUUGGCUCACAUCUCCACGUCAUACUACCCAACGCUAUGUCUUGUCUCCAAGCGCUUCCGCUCGCUCAUCCUCUCCGAGGAGCUUGGCAUGUUGCGAUCCAAACUUGGAACCCAAGAAGAAUGUGUUUAUGUCCGCCUACAAUCGCGCACCGAUCCUUGUGAUCAUAGAUGGUUCAGUCUCUGGAUACAACCCAAUGAUAUAAAACCCCUAACCCAUUGGAAAACCAAAGUCAAGUGUACCGGAAACAUGUUUUUACCAAUGCCCUCUUCCUACUCUCCUCGCUUACCAAUCUUCCGUGAAACUGUUGGCUCAAAAACAUACGAGAUCGGCGGACAGAACAAUCACUUCUCGACCGACGUGUGGGUCUAUGAUAUGCUGACUGGUAAACCGCGCAAAGCCCCUAGCAUGACGGUGGCUCGUAAGCAUGCACAUACGUGCUCCAUGGAUGGGAAGUUAUAUGUAAUGGGAGGGUGUAAAGCAGAUGAAUCUACGUGUUGGGCUGAGGUUUUCGACCCGAACACUCAAACCUGGGAACCUUUACCGGAUCCUGGCACUGAGCUACGUUACUCUUUACUUAAAAAGGUGGAGGCGCAUCGAGGAAACGUUUUCGUGAGGAGCAACAAGAAGAACUUUGUUUACCUUACAAAAGAAAGGAGGUGGGAAGUUAUUGAGGUAGACUUGGGUGAGAGUACGUGUGAGAUAGAUAAUGUGUGCUACUGUUAUAACAAUGGAGAAUGCUUGUGGUUUGACACAAAGUGGGGACAAUGGAAACCGGUCAAAGGUUUGACUUGGUUUAAUCGGCAUGUUAGAGUUAGCACUGAAAUACGUAACUAUGGUGGAAAACUCGUAGUCGUUUGGGCCGGUCCUGAGUCGUACGUAUUUUUACCUCUACCGAGGGCGAUUUGGGCUGCUGUGAUUUUGGUUGAAAAGCGCAACGAUGGUGCAAUUUGGGGUCGUGUUGAAUGGGAAGAUAUUGUGCUUUUACUUCCGGAGACGUAUAGAAAUAUGGUUUGUAUCGGCUCAUUGCAGUGA